UCAGUGUUGUAUCUCUGAUACUGAUAAUGUGCAUUUGUUUGGAAAAGAGUCAUCUCUUGGGGAGAAAAAUCAUAUAUGUUCUGUUCAUCCAUAGAGAAUAACCACUCACAACUAGUGUUUUUGAGAUAUGUGUGCUGUCAUCCUGCUAUUUGGAUAAAGUUGCCGGUGAAGCUUGCAUCUCCCUUCACUGGCAGUUUGAAAGUAUAUCAUAGCUGAAGAGUUACUCCUCACUCUAUCCUUUCUCACUUUGUUGUUUAUUACAUUGUGUUAAUUUGUAGCUGGAAUUUUCAUCACAGUCUUGCCCUUGCCAAAAUGCCUAUCCAGGUGUCUGACUACAAGUGGCAUCAGACAGAUGACAAUAUCCUACUCAUUCUCGAUUUACAUCGCACAAGCCCCAAAAAUGUGGAUAUUGUCACCACAAAUUCAUAUCUGAAGGUGAGCUUCCUCAAUAUAUUUGAAGUAUUUUUAUGCCACUUCAUCAACAUUGACAAAAGUUCAGCCAAGAUUGCCAAGGGGCAUAUUGAACUCAGCCUGGCCAAGGAAAUUUCUUCGCCCUGGAAAGAACUUGGUUUGAAACUGACAAAGGAAGAGCAGCAGCAGAAAAGAGCAGAAGCCAUACAGGAUCUUGAAAGACAGGAGCAAGAAAAAUUGAAGAAGAAUAAAGAUGAACGCAACCGCCGGGAAAGAUUUGCUGUUGCCCAGCAGAUCGCUGAAGAUGACAGGAGUUGUGAGCAGCGUAAAAAGAGAAUAGAAAAUGAAAAAGAAGAAUUCUUGAAGCAGUCAAAUGGAGGGGAUGAUUCAGUUGCCCCAACUGGAGUUCAAGGCAUAAUAGAAAAGCCUGAUCUGCGUCGAAGGCUAAGCAGCACCUGCUCAGAGGAAGGGUCUUGUGUGGUGCGAGAAGUGGAUUACGAUGGGGAUGGUGAAGACAGUCUGUAUUACUCUUCCACAGAAAACCUUCAUGUUAUGCAAAGCAGAGCCAAAGUGGAAAAAGUGGAGAACACAAACAGAAAGCAGCGCAAAUCAAGUUCACUUCGGAAUGCUGCCACCAAGGAAAAGGACGGGAAAAAGGUGGCUCUUCCAGCUGUUAGACAGAGCAGCAGCAUUAAAGUGAACUUCACACCCCGUGUCUUCCCCACUCCAAAGAGAGAAUCCUGCGAGAAAGAGGAGCAAGAUUGGCUUACUGCUCAGUCAGGUUGUCAUUCUAAGAGCCCCAAAGACAUCACUCAAGAGAAUAGCGCGGAUUACUAUAAGGAGAAGGCCGUCUCAUUAUUCAGCAACAAGGACUUCAGAGGCUGUGUCAAUGCUUACACUGAAGCGUUGAAGCUGUGUCCAUUGGAUGCUUCAUUUUACAGCAACAGAGCAGCGGCAAAUCUGGCCCUGAACAACCUUCAUCACGCCAUUAAUGAUUGUUCAAAAGCCCUAGAAUUGCUCACCCCUCCAACUCAGGAAAACAGCAAAUCGCGUCUCUUGUGCCACAUCCGACGCGGCACAGCAUUCGUCCAUCUCAGUCUUUUGUCUGAGGGACUUGCAGACUACCAGGCAGCACACCUGCUCAGUCCCAAGGAUGAAUCUCUGAAGAAAGACAUGGAGAGAAUCCAAGCCAUACUCAUGACUUCCACAGACACCGCAGACUCAUCAGACGAAGAUAGUGAUGACGAUUUUAAAAGCAGCGGUGAAAGCAGUCCCCCAUCAAAUUCGUAACUAAAUUUAUAGCACUGCAUCCUUUCAAUACUUACUCUUAGUUAUAAGUGAGAUUUUCCAUGAGUCAUGGAUUUAUUUCAGCCUUGUCACUCUCAUUACAUUUAUGCUUAGGUAAUUCUUUUACCAAAUUUUGUCCCCUUAUGUUCUCUGUGGCAUUUGGUUAUGCCACAGCACUCUGAAAGGUUGUUGAUUGUAGAAACUUUCAAGCCAAAAAAUCCUUACUCAUUGACCAGUGUUUUAUACUUAUGUAGAAGUUAUAUCUUGGAGUUUUAUGCUUAGACACCAUUUCUUGUUUGUCUCAAAGAAUGGCUUCCAUUGAUUUUAGGUUUUUACGUUUUUACAUUUUUGUGGAUAGAAUAUAAAAUAUCCUGUUUCUCGUAAUGAGUAAACCUUUACAGAACAUGACAGUAAUGUAUUUAGGUAUUGAUAUGUAUAUAAGGAUUAUAAGUAUUAUUAGAGUAUUAUUCACUUUUGAGAUUUUAGAUGUAAGUUUUCUUUAUGCGGCUGUAUCUAGAUUAUUAGUGUAAAUGGAUCAUGACUUGGAUGUAAAUGCAGAUGUAUAGACUAUUUUACGCUAUGUUCUUCCAAGUGAUAUGUAAAUUAGAUGCCAAAGAUUU